GCUCGUCUGUGUUGCUGCAGGCGGUACUACGGGUAGCUUGGGCGAACUGGCGAUUACUGGGCCGCAGGAUCCCGUCUACGUUUCCCGCUUGUUAUCGGGACUGACUCCGCCGCUGUGAGGGCCCCGGCUGAGGAGCCGGAGGGAGAGAAGAUGGCGCUUCUUGUGUGGCUGGGCUCGGCCAUUCUCCUGCUAGCGACUGUGGCUUCCGCGGCCUCGGACCCUUCUUGCCCGGCUCCCUGCGUGUGUGAGGGCAGAAUGCUGGACUGCAGCCGGAGGAGACUGGGCCGGCUCCCUGCAGCGCCGCUACCCGAGGGCAUCACCAGCCUGGAGAUCAGCCACAACUGGUUGACUUUAUCCAACAGCAGCCUGGUGCCCGAAUUAUAUUCUCUGCAGGAAGUGAAAAUGAAUUAUAAUGAAUUAACUGCAAUUCCCCAUCUUGGAGAACCAACCGCAAACAUCACACUCCUCUCAUUGGUACAUAAUAAAAUUUCUGAACUGAAUGGAGAUUUGCUUCAGCAGUAUCUAUCUUUGGAAACCUUGGACCUCAGCUCCAAUCUCCUCACUGAAAUAAAAAGCAUGUCCUUCCCACGAAUUCCUUUAAAGCAUUUGAACUUGAGCAACAACAGAAUUACAACUUUGGAAGUUGGUGCUUUUGACAACUUAUCUGGAUCCUUACUAGUUCUGAAGCUAAACCGUAACAAAAUCAGUGUGAUUCAACCUAAAAGUUUGAAACUUCCAAAUCUGCAGCACCUUGAAUUGAGGCGGAAUCGGAUUCAGAUUGUGGAGAGUCUGACUUUUCAAGGCCUGGAUUCGCUGAAAUAUUUAAAAAUGCAGAGAAAUGGAAUUAACAAGCUAAUGGAUGGUGCUUUUUUUGGACUGGACAACAUGGAACAACUAGAGUUAGAAUAUAAUAAUGUCACAGACAUUAACAAAGGCUGGCUAUAUGGAUUGCGAUCGCUACAACAACUUUAUAUGAGUCAAAAUGCAGUCAAUCGGAUUAGCCCAGAUGCUUGGGAGUUCUGCCAGAAUCUCUUGGAUCUAGACCUGUCGUACAACCAGUUAAUCCGAUUGGAUGAGUUUGCAUUUACUGGACUUGACUCACUAGAAAAACUGAACCUGGGGGAUAACAGAAUAAAUCAUAUUGCAGAAGGAGUAUUCAGAGGACUUGCAAAUCUUGUGACAUUGGACCUGCGAAACAAUGAAAUCUCCUGGGCUAUUGAGGAUUCCACUGAAGCGUUUGCUGGACUUUCCAAGCUACAUACCCUUAUUUUGCAAGGAAACAAGAUUAAAUCCAUCACAAAAAAAGCUUUUACUGGUUUGGAUUUGCUGCAGCACCUUGACUUGAGCAAUAAUGGGGUUAUGUCAUUGCAAGAUGAGGCUUUUGCACAUAUUAAACUCCAAGAGUUAAUCCUGAACACCAGCAAUUUGCUUUGUGACUGUCAGCUGAAGUGGUUUCCCCAGUGGCUAAUAGACAGUGGUUUACAGAAUUCAGUAAAUGUGAGUUGUGCCCAUCCUGAUUGGCUGUCCGGGCGUUCUCUGUUCAGCGUGGAUUCUGGAGCUUUUAUCUGUGAUAAUUUUCCAAAGCCACAAAUCAAAGUUCACCCAGAAACUACAGUGGCACUGAAGGGAAUGAAUGUGACUCUUACAUGUGCUGCGGCCAGCAGCAGUGACAAACCUAUGUCUACGGCAUGGAGGAAAGACAGUGAAAUCUUGUAUGAUGCAAAGGUGGAAACCUUUGCCAGGUAUCAAAAACAUGGGUCCGAGGUAGUGGAGUACACAACCAUUUUGCAUCUCUUCAAUGUGAAUUUUACAGAUGAAGGAAAAUACCAAUGUGUUAUUACUAAUCACUUCGGCUCCAAUUAUUCCAGUAAAGCUAAACUCACAGUUAAUGAAAUGCCCUCGUUUCUUAAAACUCCAAUGGACUUAACAAUCCGCACUGGUGCCAUGGCACGUUUAGAGUGUGCAGCAGACGGUCACCCAACGCCACAAAUUGCUUGGCAGAAAGAUGGUGGGACAGAUUUUCCUGCAGCCCGAGAGCGCCGCAUGCAUGUUAUGCCAGAAGAUGAGGUCCUGUUCAUUGUCAACGUCAAAAUUGAAGAUAUGGGGCUUUACAGCUGCACAGCACAAAAUGCUGCAGGAAGCAUAUCUACCAAUGUCACACUUACAGUAUUAGAAACUCCCUCUUUUAUAAGACCACUGGAAGACAGAACAGUUGCUCGUGGGGAGACGGCUGUAUUGCAGUGUAUAGCAGGAGGAAGCCCAGCUCCUCGCCUGAACUGGACCAAAGAUGAUGGGCCACUGAUGGUAACAGAGCGGCACUUCUUUGCUGCUGCAAAUCAGCUUCUCAUUAUUGUUGAUGCAGGCCCAGAGGAUGCUGGGAAGUACACAUGCAGCAUGUCUAAUACCUUGGGAACUGAGCGAGGGCACAUCAAUCUAUAUGUCUUGUCAUCACCUAACUGUGAUUCAUCCCAAACAAUCAUUGGCUAUGAAGAAGAUGGGUGGACUACUGUUGGGAUUGUGAUAAUCGUGGUUGUCUGCUGCGUAGUGGGGACAUCAUUAGUCUGGGUGAUUGUUAUAUACCAUAUGAGAAGAAAAAGUGAGGAUUACAGUAUAACCAAUACAGAAGACCUGAAUCUACCUGCUGACAUCCCCAGCUACCUGUCUUCACAAGGAACCCUGUCUGAACCACCAGAAGGAUAUAGUAACUCUGAGGCUGGCAGCCAUCAGCAACUCAUGCCUCCUGCCAGUGGCUGUGUUCAUAAGGGAACAGAUGGAUUGUACGUUGAUACCGGUAGUGAGGCAGAUGCAGAAAUCCUAAAUUCGCAGUAUGCUUCUAAUCUCCAAAAUGGUAGAAUACAGCAAUUAUAUGGUCGCAGUAAUGGCUUACAUCCAGUAGACAGAAGGGACAGCCUUCCUGUUCCAGGUGCUGGUCAGCUUAUGAUCUGUUCUGACUGUUAUGACAAUGCCAACAUCUACUCAAGAACCAGGGAGUUCUGUCCAUACACAUACAUUACAGAGGAGGACCCAAUGGACCACACAUUGUCCAGCAUAAUAGCCCCGAUUCCGAAAGAUACUUUUCCACACCAUUCACAUGACAUGACCACAUCUGCUGCUGACAUGUCUGCAUUCCUACCCAGCUACGACAGAAAGGACUGUGCAAAACCCAUCUGUGAUUCAUUUCCCUGUCAGUCUUGGAGUUUAAAGAAAGAUGACAACCUUCCAACAGCACAACCUCACUUCUGUCACCAUCCUAUACAAGUCCACGAGAAAAGCUUAAAUGAAGGGGCUCCUUUAGUCAAGGCAGAAGAGCGCCCCCUUCCGAGACCUUGCACAAGGUCAUAUGACCAGGACUACAACCUGGGCAGGACUCUUAAUAUUGAUGAUUACAAGGAGACAACUUAAUGAGACCAAAGGAAUCUGCAAGUCAGCUGACUUUGUAUUGACUACCUCAGAAUUGAAUCAGUGGCCAAAAAGUGCUACAAUGGGUUUGUUUACAAACACAUUAAUGGACCAAUGCAAAUAUCCUCUGCAUCAAACUGCAGCAGGAGCAACACUAUGUAGCUUGGACCGGUCCUUACUUGAGCACUUCUACAGACUGAUGGAAACAGGAUGGUUAUGUGGCAUCCUAACAUUUGAGUAAACUAAAGAGCAUAAGCAUUUUUCCAAGUUCUAUUGUUACUAUUGCAGGUGGAUCCAUUUAUAACGUUUGCAAAUAUUUUGUGACUAUGCUUAGAUGCAAGCAUGUACCUGCACACCAUUACUGAGAAAUCCGCAUAUACAUGUAGCACAGUUGGAAAUACAUAACUGUGCUUAUUAUAAAGGCUCUAGAAAGUUACAUCUGUGAAUGUUGAAGCAGAAAGUAAGUAGAGACAUUCCAAGCCUAACCUAUAGACUGUAUAGGUUAAUAUUUUUAGACCACCCAAGAGAUCAGACAUUUUUCUAGGCCUUUAUGGAAACUUGGUAAAAAGUCCAUUGCAGUCAUUCACCCAUUGCUUUAUUAGCAUCAGCUGAAUGAUGAACCUGACAGAUUAGUUGCAUGCAGCGCCUACAUGUGGAGAAUCAAAUUGAUGCAUUAUUCUGUAGCUUCGUGACCAAGGAUUGCAUUUAUAAUCAGUAAUGUUAACAAUGUCCAUGACAUUUAUUACCAUGAUCAGAUUUUAUUAUGCAACAAUCCAAGCAUACAUUCUUUCCUUUUGUGCCACUACAAAGAAAGUAUGCAUUCAUAAUUGAGGGGAAAUAGAAAUAAUUCCUUUGUGACGGAAUGUAUUUUGUUAAUGUCCCCGAUCUUUUUUUCUAAGACAAUUUCUUCUGUUCCAGCUGAACUGUAAUGUCUGUGAUGCUCACCCAGCCUGUCAUUUUGUCUAGCCGUCUUUUUAGAUUGUCUCCCUGAUACUUUAUAGUCAUUUUUGUUGUUUUUAUUAUGAAUCUAAUAGGGGAUUUUUUCAGUUUCUGCAUUGCAAUCAUCCAUUACAUGUAACAAUGUGUAAUAUAUUCCAGAAGCAGAUUAUUCAGAUUCCACAUAACUACUAAAAUAAUGCUUGUAUUGGUUUACAUUUGGUUAUUUUCUCCUAGAACACCAAACCUCCAAGGGGUACUCCCCUGGAAAAUUAUUAUAAUUAUUAUUAUUUUUUUUAAUCAACAGGUGAAUGAUAAUUCCCCAGUACUUAUCAGCUGCUGUAUACAGAGGGAGUUCUUUUCUUUUUGAGUUUUCUUUCUGUCUGACCACAAUGCUCUCUGAUGACACAUCUGUCCAUUUUAGGAACUGUCCGGAGCAGGAUAGGUUUGCUAUAGGGAUUUGCUACUACUCUGGGCAGUUCCUAAAAUGGACAGAGAAGACAGCAGGGAGCACUGUGGUCAGACAGAAAGGAAAUUCAAAAAGAAAAUAACUUCCCCUGGAACAUACAGCAGCUGAGAAGUACUGGAAGGAUUAAGAUUUUUAACCCCUUAAGGACUCAGCCCAUUUUGGCCUUAAGGACUCAGACAAUUUAAUUUUUACGUUUUCAUUUUUUCCUCCUCGCCUUCUAAAAAUCAUAACUCUUUUAUAUUUUCAUCCACAGACUAGUAUGAGGGCUUGUUUUUUGCGUGACCAGUUGUCCUUUGUAAUGACAUCACUCAUUAUAUCAUAAAAUGUAUGGCGCAACCAGAAAACACUAUUUUUGUGGGGAAAUUAAAACGAAAAACGCAAUUUUGCUAAUUUUGGAAGGUUUUGUUUUCACGCCGUACAAUUUAUGGUAAAAAUGACGUGUGUUCUUUAUUCUUAGGGUCAAUACGAUUAAAAUGAUACCCAUUAUUAUAUACUUUUACUUUAUUGUUGCGCUUAAAAAAAAUCACAAACUUUUUAACCAAAUUAGUAUGUUUAUAAUCCCUUUAUUUUGAUGACCUCUUUUUUAUUUGAUGAACUUUUUUAUUUUUCCGUAUAAGUGGCGGUAUGGGGGCUCAUUUUUUGUGCCAUGAUCUGUACUUUUUUUUGAUACCACAUUUGCAUUUAAAAAACUUUUAAUACACUUUUUAUAAUUUUUUUUUAAAUAAAAUGUAUUAAAAAAGUAGGAAUUUUGGACAUUUUUUAUUUUUUUUCGUUCACGCCGUUCACCGUACGGGAUCAUUAACAUUUUAUUUUAAUAGUUCGGACAUUUACGCACGCGGCGAUACCAAAUAUGUCUAUAAAAAAUGUUUUUUACGCUUUUUGGGGGUAAAAUAGGAAAAAACGGACGUUUUACUUUUUUAUUGGGGGAGGGGAUUUUUCACUUUUUUUUUACUUUUACUUUUACAUUUUUUUACAUUUUUUUUUACACUUGAAUAGUCCCCAUAGGGGACUAUUCAUAGCAAUACCAUGAUUGCUAAAACUGAUCUGUUCUAUGUAUAGGACAUAGAACAGAUCAGUAUUAUCGGUCAUCUCCUGCUCUGGUCUGCUCGAUCACAGACCAGAGCAGGA